AUGGAAAUUGCAUUUCACAGCAACAAGUGCGCACUCAAAGACUCUCUUCGGCUAAUUAAAAUAGGAAAAAAUCCGUGCUGGAAAAAAAGAUACCAGCUGUUCAAAUACGCAUCAGGCCUGAUUAGCGCAAACGAGAGCAUAAUCUCCCUAAAGUCAGAUAUAUCAGAGUACAAUAUGCAGGAGUUCAAUGAACUGAUUGCGCAAUACACCGCACAUGCCAAUAUUUUUAUAAGCAGAAAAGGAGAGUGCGUUGUCUGCCUAAAAAACUGUCUGGAGGAUCUUCAGAAUCCAGAGGCUGCACUUUUCUUGGACGAAGAGAUUAUAACAGCUAGAAGCUCGCCUGAGAUGGAAAUAACAGAUGAAAAAAUAGCCCAGGUAGCAGACAAAAUGAAAAGACUAAACACAAAGACGGAGUUCAUGGAGUCCAUUAUAAAUAUGCAAACAGAGGAUCUUGACAGAGUUUCAUAUUCAAGCACAUCAAUGGUGAACUACUCUGAGUCGCAUCUUUCCCAGCUGGAGGAGGCCUUAAGAAAAAAGAAGAGGGCAGUUAUUAUAAAAAGAUGGCUUGGGGGCGUAGUUGUCUUUUUCUGCUUCUUGUCUCUUUUGCUGCUUAGGCCAUUCAUUAUAUAA